CAAGCGCAGAUGCGGCUUGUUAAAAGCGCGCUUCCACAUUACGCCCCGCAAAGUUUCUGCAUGUGUUUGAGCUGCAACGCAUGAUCGCGUCGAUCGCCCGAUUAACACCAGGCUACAUCUCAGUAUUCGCCGUCACUAGUAACGCUGUAAAGAGGUAACCCGUGAAAGGCGACGAGAGCAGCCAUGCCGGCCGCUGUAGGGGGACCUGUGGGGUACACUCCUCCUGAGGGGGGUUGGGGCUGGGCUGUGGUGGCGGGAGCCUUCAUCUCCAUUGGCUUCUCCUAUGCCUUCCCCAAGUCCAUCACUGUCUUCUUCAAGGAGAUUGAGGUCAUCUUCGAUGCCACUAGCAGCCAGGUGUCGUGGAUUUCGUCCAUCAUGUUGGCCGUCAUGUACGGUGGAGGUCCAAUCAGCAGUAUUUUGGUGAACAAGUAUGGGAGCCGGCCCAUCAUGAUCGUAGGGGGCUGCCUGUCGGGCAUCGGGCUGAUCGCAGCCUCCUUCUGCAACACGGUGGCUGGCUUGUACUUCUGCAUUGGAGUUGUGGGAGGUUUGGGACUGGCCUUCAACCUCAACCCUGCACUGACCAUGAUCGGCAAAUACUUCUACAAACGGCGCCCCAUUGCCAAUGGCAUCGCCAUGGCAGGCAGCCCCGUCUUCCUGUCCACACUGGCCCCCCUAAACAGUUGGUUCUUUGACCACUUUGGCUGGCGGGGCAGCUUCCUUAUCUUGGGUGGGCUUCUGCUCAACUGCUGCGUGGCAGGGUCCCUCAUGCGACCGAUUGGGCCAAAGCCCGCUCCCAAGGCAGCUGGAGAGGAUGCGGAGGAGGCGGGCACUAGUGUCGAUGGCAGAGUUGGGGAGAAGAGGACUGUGCUGCAGAGGAUCAACAGCUUCAUUGACCUCAGCCUCUUUACCCACCGUGGCUUCCUCCUCUACCUGUUGGGCAAUGUGGUCAUGUUCUUUGGUCUCUUUGCUCCCUUAGUAUUCCUCAGCAACUUUGCCAAGAGCAAGGACAUCUCCAAGGACAGGGCAGCUUUCCUCCUGUCCAUCCUGGCCUUUGUAGAUAUGGUUGCCAGGCCUUCCAUGGGCUUGGUGGCCAACACCUCAUGGGUUCGGCCCCGUGUGCAGUACUUCUUUGCUGCAUCAAUCCUUUACAAUGGGCUGUGUCACAUUCUGGCACCGUUAUCCUCGGACUACACGGGCUUCGUGAUCUACUCGGUCUUCUUCGGCUUCGCUUUUGGCUGGCUGAGCUGUGUGCUGUUCGAGACGCUGAUGGAUCUGGUGGGAGCUCAGCGCUUCUCCAGCGCUGUGGGCCUGGUCACCAUUGUGGAGUGUGGACCUGUGCUGUUAGGGCCUCCCCUGUUGGGUAUGUUUAAGGACGUUUAUGACGACUACAAAUACACCUACUAUGGCUGUGGGAUUAUCCUGAUUGUGUCCAGUGUCAUGCUUUUUGUGGGGAUGGGCAUUAACUACCGGUUACUGGAAAAAGAAAAGCAAGAGGAAGAGAGGAAGGCCAAGAUGGAGGGUAGAGACGAUGACUUCAGCGCGGGGAACAUGGCUAAGCAUAGCCUGGCUGGCAAUGACCUGUCUGUGCCGCUCAAAGCAGCUGAGGACUCAAAAACAAACGAAGAUGCCGUCUAAUGUUUAUUUGCUGCACGUAGGCUAGAGGUCAGACUUCUAACCUGGCCUUUCAAUUUUGAGAACAUGUAUGUCAUGUAUGUUCGGUACUGUAUUGUUUCAAGAUGGAAAAAAGAGGCGUUAGGCCUGGCAAAUAAGUGUGUCAGCAGCCAGCACCAUCCCCCCCCCCAAUGUUUCAUGACCAUUGACUUUCUAACAGGUAAUAUUUUGUGGUAAGGGCACUUCAUGAGCUACUCUCAUAGGCUGCAGUUUUCCUGAACGUAUGUCACAUGACCACACACAUAUGCUGACAAUAAAUAGUGUCUUAGGCACAUGUGAGGCAUACUGAUUUGGGAGCCAUAGUGUAGACUUGUACGUAAUUUUUUUUUCUCUUGUCAGGAGUAGAGAAAUGAAUAAAUUCUAAUGUAGAAUUUCACAAUAGGUACUUUUAUACAUGCCCACAUAAAAUGGGCUUUUUGCACUACGUGAAUCAUAUUGUUAGUUUCAUUCACACAAUCAGUUUUUCCUCACUAAAGCAGUCUAUCACAUUUGAUAUUUCAGACAUCUGUUGUUGGCAAAAGUCAACUUUUACGAUCACAACCCAAUAGCCGUCACAACCCCAGAUUAUUUUCUGUCACCGUAAAUAAAAUUGGUGUAUUCAUUCUUUAUGCCUCCCUCUAAAUGUCUGAUCAAGUGUUUUAGAUUUAAUAUAAUAUGUUUAGGGUCAGUGUAGCACUAUGGGUUCACACCGGUAGGGUUAUGGGUUUGAUUACCGGCUUGUGUACAGUACAUGUGGAGUUUUUAUGAUCAUGUGAGUUUCGUGCUGUGGUCCAAAGACACUCAAUUGGAGGAAUUGGUGUCUAAUUGCCCAUAGUAUGUGUGUGUGCCCUGUAAUGAGCUGGCAUUCCAUUGAGUGUCCCUGGGAUAGGGUUCACCCUCACAGUGACACUACUGGAAAAGCCGUUAUGUAAUACGGAUGGAUGGCUUGCUGUGUAUUUUUGUCUGGAAUGUGAUGUUCACUGAUUUAGAGCUCUGAAGGAUUUCAUUGUAAGAUAAGUAUAUGAAGGUGGGCUUCUGGAAGGAAACAAGUUGUGUAGCAGAAUCUUGAAUAAAUUAUCAAUUUUUUUAAUUUUCAGUCAUUCAAUCCAGCUGUUAAAUGUCAGUUACACAUCUUCACUGCUAAAUCUUUGUGAUUUAAGUCAUUGUCAUGCAGAUCAUAAAAGUUCCUAAUUUGAUUUAAACCUGCUGUAAAAUCUAGCUGUUCUAAUAUUAAACUGGAAUGUAGGUCAGUGUGUCCUUACUGAAGUUGCAUUCUAAAAAGCAGAUGUUUGCAUAUUCUAGACACACCAUAAGAUCUGAUUUUUGAGACCCUAUAGAUCAUACAACGUGCAUGUCAUUUUAGUAAUAAGUAUGUAAGUUAAGGAAAACCACCAGUUUAACACGAUAAAAUUCAUGAUACCACAAACAUGUCUUCUGUCAUACUAGUAACGUUGUCUUUGACUGGUAAAAUUCUUUUGAUGGCUGUUGAUACUUUGCCAUACAUCUCAGGAUGUAUUUUAUGUAGAUUUCUGCCUUCUAUGCGUCUUAUUUCUUUGUAACAUAUUCUGAAAUAAUCAGACUCUAUCCGCGAAUGUCAUUCACAAAUCCAUUACCAACUCCCACUCUUUGCAGUGGGUGUGUGAAUUUUUCUGCAAAGCAUUUUUAUUGUGUAUGACUUUCAGAAUUUUUGUACUGGAAUAAUAAACUUGUAUUAGCUUUUUGGCUAUAAAUGGAUGCUUGGUUAAUCACAUUGCACUUAAUAGAAGAGUCUCAAAUGGACUGUAUCAGGACGGUCAGACAAAAUCACUUAUUUUACCUGUCCGUUGUGUACAAACAAUGGCAGUUAUUAUUAUUCCAGGGAAGGGGUGUAUGAAAAAGGAUCUAGUGACAAGUGCCUUAUCAUUCCGUUACCUGGGCAGUCCUUUGCAUUCGAUGCACUUAGAACAAGCAUCCCUGCCAGCAUCCCUUUCCUACCGUGUCAUAUAUCUAUAAUGUUGGUUGCUACGAACUUUUGAAAAGAAUCAGGAAAACAAGGAUUCUGUUAUGUUACUUUUUCCAUGACUUGUAAUCUAAUAUCCAUUAUGGAGAUAAUUUCCUUGAUUUUUAAUUUUAUUUCAGUAUCGGAUUCUGCUCUUUAUGGUUGCUAAGAAGCCUCAAAGGAAGUGUGUACUUCUGCAGGGUGAUAUUGCGGGUCACGGUGAGGGGUACCAGCACCAGUUGUCAAUGCUGACAGCUGACAACCUACAGAGGCCUUAUCAAUCUUUGCUGUGCCAGUUACGUUCUGUGGCUCUCCUAGUCAGCCGACGACAAAGAUAGAUGAAAAGAUUCAUCUUGCAUUGGGGAUAAAGGCCUUCACUUGAUUGAAUCACUUGAUAGCUGAUUUCAUGGUGAUUUUUAGCAGUUCAAAUGGCAUAGCAGUUUAAUGUUUCAUUUGAAAAUACUGAGGUAUAAUGUAACGAAUUCAUGUUAAAAAAUAGUUUGUAUAAAAGUGGAAGUUUUAGUGUAUGUUUUGGAUUCUCUUAGCUGUGGGGAAAAAAUAAGGUUGCCCACAGAUGUUGGACCACGUCGAAUGCGAGCUCUUUUUGUAAAGUAGUUUUUGUUUGGUAUGAAGGGCAUAUUCCUGUGUUAUAAUACCUCCUGCAAAAUCCCUAAUACAUGUAAUAAAUCUUGUAUCCAAUUUCAGAGAAACAUAUUGAAAGAUGUUUAUUUAAUAUGACAUGCAGUGUUUCAUACAAUUUCACUAAGAUUGUUCCAAGUAAAAUAGCUAUAAUAAAAUGUUAUGAAAAUGAAGA